AUGGCCAAUCCAUCGACACCCCAAACUGCAGACUUUACAUCUUCACCGCUGAAAAGGACCAAGAUAGUCCUGUUAGGCGACCAGUCAGUUGGCAAGACAUCCCUUAUCACCCGAUUCAUGUACGACACGUUUGACAAUACCUACCAGGCGACUAUCGGAAUCGAUUUCCUAAGUAAAACCAUGUAUCUGGAGGACAGAACUGUUCGACUACAACUCUGGGAUACUGCUGGUCAGGAGAGAUUCAGGUCGCUCAUUCCCUCGUACAUCCGAGACUCCUCGGUAGCCAUUGUUGUAUACGACAUUACAAAUCGAGCCUCUUUCCUGUCAACUUCAAAAUGGAUAGACGAUGUGCGCUCAGAGAGAGGAAACGAUGUUAUCAUUGUCCUCGUCGGUAACAAAGCGGACCUCUCUGACAAACGCCAAGUCACGCACGAAGAGGCGUCAACCAAAGCAACACAACUCAAUCUCAUGUUCAUGGAAACAUCCGCAAAGGCUGGCCACAAUGUCAAGAGUUUAUUCAAGAAGAUUGCCAUGGCGCUCCCUGGAAUGGAUAACGGUGCGGGAUCUACCGGGCCGGCUGGGGUAGAGGCAGUUGCGCAGAAAAUUGAUGUUUCGGAAUCAGCUGCAAAAGUGCCAGAGGCUAGCCAAUGUCAGUGCUGA